UUCGUCUGAGAGACUGAGAGCAGUGACAAAGAAACGGGAGUUGAGGAGAGGUCUUGAUCAGAUGAUUGAGAUCAUUAAACCUCCGCAUUACACCCCUUUAAAUCCGUACCUUUCUCAGAGAAAAACAGUUAUUUGGACCGUUAAUCUCAUAAUUUUUCCGUUUACCGAGGCGCUUCCGUUGACGAUCCUCUUAAAUUCUCUCAGAACUCCUAUAUUUUACGUCCCUGGUUUGUUUGGUUUCAAUGAUUCAAGAUUUCAAGUAAGAGCUAGCAGCCGCAGCAGCGACCCGCGACUCACCACUGGUCGUUGGCGUUGUUGAAUCUACCGCCCUCUUUCUCUUCCCCAUUUUUGAUUUUUUUAAUCUGAGGAUUCGUCGCCAAGUGGGUUAGAUUACCUUGCUCAGUUUCAGUAUAAAUAGCACCCUCAUCAGCGUAUCUCGCUACUUCUCAGAGAGGAAUCCAGUAUUGGAUCUAUUCUGGUUGGUCCUGUAUAUUUUUAUCGUCUUAGAUUAGAUUAGCCCAGUAGGGUUUAUCUUAGUCUAUUCAGUCGACCAUGGAAGGCGGAGCUGCAGCUAAUUCCGAUACCACUGCUGGUGGCGCCGCCGCUGCUACGGGGGGUGUCCAAAUAAAACCCAGUCGGAGGCUGCCCGACUUCCUCCAGAGUGUUAAUUUAAAAUAUGUAAAACUAGGGUAUCAUUACUUGAUGAGUCAUCUUUUAACUCUGUGUCUGAUCCCUCUCAUGGCGGUUAUCAUGGUGGAGGUUGGGCAAAUGAAUCCGGAGGACGUACGUCAGCUAUGGCUCCACCUCCAGUAUAAUCUCGUUAGUGUUAUUGUCUGCUCCGCCUUCCUAGUCUUCGGCUCCACCCUUUACAUCAUGACCCGCCCGCGUCCCGUCUACCUCGUUGAUUACUCCUGUUACCGUCCGCCUUCUCGUCUCCAAGUCCGUUCUGACCAGUUCAUGGAGCAUUCCAGGCUCACCGGCGACUUCGACGAUGCCUCGCUCGAGUUCCAGCGCAAGAUCGUCGAGCGCUCCGGUCUCGGCGACGAGACUUACGUCCCUGAAGCGAUGCAUUAUCUUCCCCCUCGUCCAUCGAUGGCCGCGGCUCGCGAGGAGGCCGAGCAGGUCAUGUUUGGUGCUCUGGACAAUCUGUUUGCCAACACCUCUGUCAAGCCCAAGGACAUUGGGAUUCUUGUUGUGAAUUGCAGUCUCUUCAAUCCCACCCCUUCUCUUUCCGCCAUGAUUGUUAACAAGUAUAAGUUGAGGGGCAAUAUCAGAAGCUUCAAUUUGGGUGGAAUGGGCUGCAGCGCCGGAGUGAUUGCCGUCGACCUUGCCAAGGACUUGCUCCAGGUCCACCGCAACACUUAUGCUGUGGUCGUGAGCACUGAGAACAUCACUCAGAACUGGUACUUCGGGAACAGGAAGUCAAUGCUGAUACCCAAUUGCCUGUUCAGAGUGGGUGGCGCAGCCGUGCUGCUGUCGAACAAGUCUGCCGAUAGGCGCCGGUCUAAGUACAAGCUUGUUCAUGUCGUGAGGACUCACAAGGGGGCUGAGGAUACGGCAUUCCGUUGCGUCUACCAGGAGCAGGAUGACGCCGGCAAAGUGGGCGUCUCCCUGUCCAAAGAUCUCAUGGCAAUUGCUGGAGGAGCUCUGAAGACCAACAUUACCACCCUCGGUCCUCUUGUCCUCCCAAUUAGUGAGCAGCUUCUCUUCUUUGUAACUCUAGUGGCGAAGAAGCUGUUCAAUGCAAAGGUGAAGCCAUACAUUCCGGACUUCAAGCUGGCUUUCGAUCAUUUCUGCAUACAUGCCGGAGGAAGGGCUGUGAUUGAUGAACUGGAGAAAAACCUACAGCUGAUGCCAGUACAUGUUGAGGCUUCUCGGAUGUCCCUCCACCGUUUCGGCAAUACAUCGUCAAGCUCCAUAUGGUAUGAGUUGGCCUACACAGAGGCCAAGGGGAGGAUGCGCAAGGGCCACCGUGUGUGGCAGAUUGCAUUUGGAAGUGGUUUCAAGUGUAACAGUGCUGUCUGGGAAGCUCUUCGGCAUGUAAAGCCUUCUCCCAAGGGUCCCUGGGAAGAUUGCAUUGAUAGGUACCCUGUGCAGACAGUUUCUUAAUCUCACCCACAUUUCCAUUAGACAUCUUCUUCAUUCAGACAGUAGUUAGCUAUACCCCAACUAGCUCUGUCUAUUUUACUUUAUCAUUUGAUUCUGGUCAUUUAAUCCAUAUUGAUGUUUUUCCUUUUUUUUUUCAUUUUUCUUUUGUUAAUGUGUGCUUCCAGUACUUCGCAAUCAUGUACUAUUACUCUUUGGGAAUUUAUAAGUUGCACCCUUCUGUUGUAAUUGAAGAAUGAAUCCUUAAUGGC